AAUGGUCACCAUUAAUGACAAGUAAAAGGAUUCUCAAAUUGGAUUGGAAAGUGAGAACUUUUCUGUGGUGAUAACAAUAGGGUUUGAUCUGUUGGUGGGAAAAUCCAACCGAAGCCUAAAAGUUUCUUCAGAGCACAGGAAGUUUCUGGACUUUAACGUUUGAGCUAACCCAACAGUUUAGAGAACUGUGAUUUAGAGAGAGAGAGAGAGAAGGCUGAAUUCUGAGUUAUUGUGAUUUUGGCUAACUUGUCUCUCUUUGGCUUUUGUUAUCUGUAAAGACCUCAGCAGGUGUCUGAGUUGUCAAGCGAAGACCAAAUUCAUGCUUGUUAAUAGAUGUACCGGGGCUAAUGAUAUCUCCUGUGUCCUGUGGUACUGGUUGUGUUUUCUCCUAUAAACGGGUGCGAGCAAGUUUUCUGUGGUUGAUAAGCUAAUAUGCCGAGUAAUUAUCUUUUUAGACUAGGUGGUGCAUUGAGGCAGGGAGUCCAGAAAUCCAUUUCUGGGCAAGAAAGCAGGCUCCAAGAUUUGGUGAACAUUUUGGUUGCAGAAGAGAGAUUGUUGUUCGGGAAGUUCUUCUGUUCUGUACCAUCUGCAAGAUUGUCUGACCUGCAUGUGAUUGUACGGCCUGGAACUUUAGCAGCUGCACAGGCAAAUUUGAAUAUAGUUAAUCAGAGAAAGAAUUUUUCAGUGGUCGGUGCUAUUCCUCGUGCAUUGUCUAUACCAUCUGUCUCAGGGCCUGCAUUUCAGGUCUGUGGCUAUCACAUUGAUCGCCUAUUAUCUGAGCCUACUCAAGUUUCUUUAGAGACUGACUCUCAUAAAGCUCGUAUGGCCAUUUGUGGUUCAAGAACUUCUGUUGGCUGUUCCUCGAGUAAAAUGACUUCAAGGCAUCUCAACCCUUGCUUUUCAGUAAAUAGUCCGAUUACUUUGUAUAGCAAUAGAAAUUUCGACAAUUUUCGAAAAGCCAGCAUGAGUUUGAGGAAUAACAAUCAGCCCAGCAACUUUGUUGUCUAUGGAUAUUUCACAUACAAUGUUGUAAAGAGCAAGGGCAAUUCAAAUGUUUAUGAAGGAUUGGGAUUGAAGGGUUUUCAUAGUUCUUCAGCUGCAUCUAUCUCUGCUGGCGCUGCUCCUGAUGUGUCCUUUGAUAACUCUCUGCGUGAGGUACACCCUGCAAGUUCAGCAAAUUCUCCAGAACAAAAUAUCCAUAUCGAUCGAAGCCUGAAGCUUAAUUCAGGAUCAUGUUACCUGCCUCAUCCUGAUAAAGAAGAAAAAGGUGGCGAGGACGCUCAUUUUAUUUGCAUCGAUGAACAAGCAAUUGGCGUAGCUGAUGGUGUUGGUGGAUGGGCUGAUGUUGGUGUUGAUGCUGGGCAAUACUCUCGAGAACUCAUGUCAAAUGCAGUAAGUGCAAUUCGCGAGGAACCAAAAGGUUCAGUAGAUCCAGCCAGGGUCCUGGAGAAAGCUUAUACACACACAAAAGCCAAAGGGUCCUCAACUGCCUGUAUUAUUGCCCUUACAGAUGAGGGUCUCCACGCCAUUAAUUUAGGAGAUAGCGGAUUCCUGGUCGUUAGAGAUGGAUGUACUGUUUUCAGAUCACCCGUGCAGCAGCAUGAUUUCAAUUUUACAUUUCAGCUAGAGUGUGGUAGUGCUGGUGACUUACCAAGCUCUGGGGAGGUGUAUAAAAUACCAGUUGCUCCAGGAGAUGUCAUCAUAGCUGGCACCGAUGGGUUGUUUGACAAUUUGUAUAACAGCGAUAUAACUGCAAUCGUGGUGCAUGCCACGAGAGCUGGCUUAGCACCUCAGGUUACAGCUCAGAAGAUAGCCGCAUUGGCUCGACAAAGGGCACUGGACAAAAACAGGCAAACUCCUUUCUCUGCUGCAGCUCAAGAAGCUGGCUUCCGUUACUAUGGUGGGAAGUUGGACGACAUAACUGUGGUUGUGUCUUACAUAACCAGUUACAAAAAUGGAAACUCCAACAGCUUGAAGAUUAGUUAAAGAGGUUUUCUCACAUCAUUGGGCAACACCGGUGCGCGUCUUUUGUGAAAUUCAAACUGCUUGACGAUCAGUUUAGAAGCUUCAUGUAACACGCACGUUUGAGGAUGCAAUUCUAGUGCUCUUCCACUUGUAUAUAUUAGUCUUUUGGCAAUUCUCUACCUUUCCUUUCCAUACUCCAAACCACACCCUAUACAGAAUCCUUGAGCCCCUUUGUCCCUCUGUGGAGAAGGUUAGGAGUAUGUUGAAUGAAGUGUACAAAUAUGAGAUGAAUUUUUUUGGUGGUUAAUGAAGGUUUGGACUUUUCUGGUAA